AUGGAAGAAAAUUAUGUGAUAUUUGAUUGUGAUAUCGGUAACGAUGAUGCCUGGGCCUUGAUAAUGUUAAUCAAGGCAGAGAAGUUGUUGAAGGAUUUGGCACUCAAGGGGAGGAGAGUUAAUGGUGCAGUGAAGCCUUUUAAGAUACUUGGUGUGACUUGUGUGCGGGGCAAUACUGAUGUGGACAAUGGUGUGGAGAAUGCGUUGAGGGUUUUGGAUGCAGUCGAUCGUUUGGAUAUACCUGUCUAUAGAGGCUGCGAUCAUUCCAUAAUACCCCCAAACUUCGAACACAAGCAUUUCCAUGGUCUGGAUGGAUUUGGAGAUGUUACAAAUUUACCGUAUGUGACAAAGGUCCAGGCUCGAACUGAACAUGCUGUAAACAUGAUGUACUCCAGUGUUUGUAAGAAAGAAAAAAUAUUCCAUAAUCGCUUAGUACGACCAUUCCGAAAAAUCUAUGUUUCUUAA